AUGACUGUGUCUGAGGAUUUUGCUAAGCCAUAUGAUCAGUUUCUUCUUUUUGGGGACUCGAUCACCCAGAUGUCCUGUAGCCAGGACCUGGGGUUUGGCUUCCAGCCAGCAUUGCAAGAUGUAUACUGCCGCAAGUUGGAUGUGCUUAAUCGUGGAUUCUCGGGAUACUCUACCGCCCAUGCCAUCAAGGUCUUUCCGAAGUUCUUCCCGUCACCUGAAACUGCUACUGUGCGAUUUAUAGCCAUUUUCUUCGGCGCCAAUGACGCGGCAGUCCCUGGGCACAAUCAGCAUGUCCCUCUGGAGCAGUACAAGGAGAACCUGAGACAAAUAAUUCAGCACCCGGCAAUGCUUGCUCAGAGCCCUCACAUCAUUCUCAUUACUCCACCUCCAGUUAAUGAGUAUCAACUGGAGGGAUUUGACAACGAGAAGAACACUGUUCACCCUAGCCGCACUGCUGCUAUCACCAAGACCUACGCCGAGGCAAUGAAGGAGGUUGGUGCUUCGCUGAACAUCCCAGUCGUGGAUAUAUGGUCUGCAUUCACGGCCUCGGUUGGCUGGAAAAAUGGACAACCUCUCAUUGGAUCCCGAGACGCGCCCAAUAGCGAGGCGUUCAGUGCUCUUUUCACCGACGGACUGCAUUUGACGCCUUCUGGAUACCGUAUUGUUAGUUCUGAACUGAUGAACACUCUCCGUACUAAUUGGCCUGAUCAAAGUCCGGAUGCUCUGCCCAUGGUUUAUCCUGCGUGGCCCGAUGCCCCUAAGUGA